AUGUCUCUUAAGGUGCAGCCCCAUAACUAUGCGCAUUUCACUGUGUCCUUCCCGCAUGAGCGGGUGGUGCAAGUCACACUGAACAGACCCGAGAAACUCAAUUCCAUUACAAAUUCUAUGAGCCGUGAGAUCCAAGGGAUCUGGGAACUCUUUGAUAAAGAUGAGAGCUUAUGGGUUGGAAUUAUUACCGGCAAUGGGCGAGCUUUUUGCACUGGUGCUGAUCUUCACGAAUGGAACACCUUUAACAAGAACGGCCAGAUCAAUGAUAUGGCCGCACCCGGUCUAGCCGGAUUGCCCCGUCGUAGCGGGAAGAAGCCGAUAAUCGGGGCCGUGAAUGGCAUAUGCAUGGGCGGAGGAUUCGAAAUGGUGGCGAAUUGCGAUCUCGUAAUAGCAUCUACUUCCGCAACUUUUGCUCUUCCCGAGGUCAAAAGGGGAAUCGUUCCGGUAGCAGGUUGCUUGCCAAGGCUUACUCGGACCAUGGGUCUUCAACGGACUAUGGACCUUGUCCUCACUGGGCGCACGGUCAGUGCGGCUACGCUUUACGACUGGGGUCUUAUUACUCGGUUGGUGGAAACCGGCAGAGAUGUCGCUGAGGCGGCAGUGGAGCUAGCGUCUCAAUUGUGCCAAAACAGCCCAGACGCCCUCGUUGUGGGUCGGCUCGGGGUUCGGUUGAGCUGGGAAGCUGGCAGUGCGGAAGAUGCCGUUACUACCCUUGCGGACGAGUGGUAUCCUCGUUUGUAUAAGGGUGCUAACUUUUCAGAGGGAAUCAAGGCAUUUGUGGAGAAGAGAUCACCGAUUUGGAUCGAUUCUAAACUGUGA